GUCGUUGUUAUCAUCGCCGUCGUUGUGCUUUGUGAUGCGGAAGAAGAACACCGGAGUCGCGAUUCCCGAAAUUGAAUGGACAGCCGAUGUGAUCUGGCAAUUGCUAACCCAAAUAGAGUUGUCAGAAAACAGAGUCGUGCUGCUGGGGAAGCGCAAGAAGGGCGAGAGAACAUCGGGCGACAGCAAAGUCACCAUUUACCAGCGCAUGGGGGCCACAAUAUUCCCACAGUUACAUAGCUUGAAUGCUGUUGCAGUUGGAGAACGUGUCAAACGGAAAUAUGAGCACCUGACAAAGAAAUACAAAGAGCUGGCUUGCUGGCUUCAGACAACAGGUGAAGGCAUCCAAGCUGAUACAGAUGGCAAUCUGUCCAACGGCGACAACAAAUAUUUCCAGUGUUAUGUUCCUGCUUCUGGACCAAACGAGACAACUACUUCGAGGGCACAGUCCAUUUGGGUCCUUCAUUGCAUCCUCUCCUCUCAUCCGAAUGUGACACCAAUUGCGAUCACUACUGGCACUGGCCCACAUGGAAAGAAGACAGUUCAUUUUCAGGCUCUGAGUGAUGAUGAAGGUGACGAAGUUGGAUUCACGGCUGAUCAGCAGUCACAGAUGCUGACCCUUCACAGAGUUCUCGAGGCUGAGGCCACUCGUCGUGCAAGCUCACCAUCCUUCGAGUCUCCCUUCGAGUUUCCAUCCGAGUCCUACCAUGACCCCUGUGAUCUCUCCCAAUCUCUGUACAACAGUGAUGAUAAAGAGAAUGCCCCCCCUCCGUCACAACCAAUCUCGACCCCACUUGGGAAGAAGCCUCCCAAGGCUUCAUCACUUUCUCAGAGCAGUGUUGAGAAAGCAAGGCACCACAUAUCCAAGGUACCAAAAAAGCGGAGUCUUGACGAGACUCUGAUGGACAUGCAAAGGGCAAGUCUAGAGGCAAUUGGUGCUCGUGCUGCAGCUGAUAUGCGUCUCCAAGAGCGUCAGAUGUUGCUGAAGGAGUUCGAAGCUGGUAUCUGGGAUGUUGAUGAGUAUCGGGCGAAGUUACGUGAACUGACUGGGACUUCUGAGAAGCCUGAGAAGCGUGCUCACUACUCUCCGGACUGGGGUGACUUUGAGUAG